AUGUCUUCAACCGUCUCAACCCGCUUCCUUGUCAUUUCCGAUACCCAUGACUUCGAAUUCGGCGACGCAGAAAGACACGAAGGAGAGUUUACCUAUCCUGCACCGAAAUGUGACGUCCUGCUUCACUGCGGCGAUUUAACCAUGUCCGGGGGUAUUCCAGCAUACGAGAGAUGCGUCAAAAUGCUCGGCAAAAUCGACGCGGAACUGAAGCUGAUUAUUGCCGGUAACCACGACCUGGAUUUAGACGAUGAGUAUGACCCAAAAGGAAACUCUAGCUGGGACGCACCGGACUUGUAUAAAAAAGCGAUCGAGGUCUGGAGAGGACCCCUGGUCAAGCAGGCGGGUAUCACGUAUCUUGAAGAGGGCUUGAAUACGUUCACUUUGAAGAACGGCGCGAAGUUCACGAUAUACACGUCGCCGUACCAGCCGGAAUUCUACAACUGGGCGUUCCCCUACGAGCGCAACGAAGAUAGAUUCAAUCCCCCCGAUAAAGUUAGUCCAGGAGUGACUUCCAUCGUGCAGAACCCGGUUCCUGAUUUCCCGGGCGUGGAUAUCAUGAUGACCCAUGGACCACCAAAAGAUACUCUAGAUUGGACGGCACAUGGGCGUGUUGGGUGUCAAGCUCUGGCUACGGCAGUGAGUCGGGCGAGACCGCUGAUGUACUGCUUUGGCCACAUUCAUGAGGCGUAUGGGAUGGAGUUGGUGACGUGGAAGGAAGACAAGAAUGUUAUGGGCCCGGAAGCGAUUCAAAAAAAAGAUAAGAAAGAGGAAGUUUAUCCGAAUGUUAUGAAGGUGGAUGUGAAGCCUGGGUCGGAAACUUUGAUGGUCAAUGCUUCCAUCAUGAGUGUUCGUUAUAGACCGAAGAAUGCGCCUUGGCUGGUUGAUCUUGAGCUUCCGAAAGCUACUGAGGUGGCUCUUGGAUCAAUGAUGUAG